GCGUUGCUGUGGCAUCAUGUCCGUAAUGGCGUGCAAGGGGCAAAGUAAAACGUUGCAACGACGCACACGCGAGUGCGCUCCGUUUCGUCGGGUCGUUCGUGAUUGAGAGAAAGAGGAAAGAAGGAAGAAAGAAAGAAAGAAAGAAGGAAGGAAGGAAAGAAAGAUAGAUAGAAAGAAAGAAAGAAAGAAAAGGAAGAUAGAAAGGAACGAACGAAAGGAAAGAAAGAGAAGGAACUAGAGAAAGUAUAGAAAGUUAGAAAGAGAGACAGACAGAGUGAAGUGUGUCCUCUCUUCUUUUGGUGAUCGUCGAGUUGUCAUAAAGUAACCAAGGAAGGAGACGUUUAGUCGCUUCUUCUUUGGCAAUAGUGUGUCCGUGUCGUUAAUUCCGUUCGCGUGAUAUACGUUUGAUAUCGUGCCAGUCGAUCCAAAGAAAAUUACCCAAAGGAGACGCGAAUUAUAUAUACCGUCGAGGAGAGUGUCGUGCCUAGUUGUUUAGUGCAAUGACGUCGGCGAGUGGAGGCAUCCUCCCGUCGUAUCAGAGACUGGCGAACGGCGGCGCGCCGGCGUCACUGUUUUCGAGACGUUCCUUCCGGCCGCGCGAAAAGUACCUGAUCCUUAUAGUCUUCUUGACGUUCUUAAUCGUCUGCUUCGGCGCGUACUUCUUUCUCCCGGACUUUGGCGCCGGUGGUGUCGCAGUGGACAGCGUUUAUCGCGUCUACCGGCAUAUGCAAAAAGCAGGGCCAGACCUUUUGAUUCCAGCACCACCUCGUCGUUCUUUUGGCGAUUCAUUCAACGAUGAAUCUUACUCAUCCCAUCAUCCCAAUGCCUUACCUAUGCCACUUGGCCACGAGGCAGCCGGUAACCUCGACGUACAUCUCAUCGAGGAUCGGUUGAAGCUUCAGGCAAAAAUCGACGAAGAGUAUCAACAACAAAAGACAUUGGAGAAACCGGAAAUUGGUGGUGAUUCGCGAGUGCGUACGAGUAGUUUGUCGUCUUCCGUCGUAGUGCAGCAACGGAACGAGCAAGUUUUUCAAACUGUGCCGCCUGCUCCAGCGAUAAAACUUCCUUUGAUCGUUGCUGGCGAGGACAAAGAUACAAUUGCCAGAGAACGCAGGGACAAAGUUAAAGAGAUGAUGAAGCACGGCUGGGACAAUUACGUGAGGUACGCCUGGGGGAAAAACGAGCUCAGGCCGAUCUCGAAGAAGGGCCACAGCGCCAGUAUCUUCGGCACGUCCACGAUGGGUGCGACCAUAGUCGAUGGUCUGGAUACCCUUUACAUCAUGGGUCUGCACGAUGAGUUCAAGCAAGGAAGGGAUUGGAUUGCUGAGAACCUGGAUUUCGAUAUCAAUUCAGAGAUAUCGCUAUUCGAGACGAACAUUCGUUUUAUGGGAAGUCUUUUGGCUUGUUACGCUCUCACGGGAGACGUAAUGUUCCGGGAUAAGGCGGCCCAACUCGGUGAACGGAUGUUACCAGCCUUCCAAACGGAAACCGGAAUUCCUCAUUCCCUCAUCAACCUACACACUGGUGCCAGCAAAAAUUAUGGUUGGGCAAGUAGCGGAUGCAGUAUUUUGUCAGAGAUCGGAACGAUGCAUUUGGAAUUCACUUAUCUGAGUGACAUUACCGGGAAUCCCGUCUUCAAGAGGAAAGUCGAGAACGUGAGGAAGGUGCUGAAGAAUCUUGAAAAGCCGAAGGGUCUCUAUCCAAAUUACAUUCACCCGAGAACUGGGAAAUGGGGUCAACAUCACAUGUCACUCGGAGGAUUAGGUGACAGUUUCUACGAGUAUCUGUUAAAGGCUUGGAUCCAAUCAGGAAAGGAGGACAGAGAAGCACGUGAAAUGUAUGACGAAGCAAUCGCAGCUAUCAGCGAGCACAUGAUCAAGACAUCACCCGGUAAACUGCUCUAUGUAUCGGAUUUGAAAUAUGACAGGCCUGAACACAAAAUGGGUCACUUGGCCUGUUUCGCUGGUGGUAUGUUCGCAUUGGGUGCUAGAACCUUAGAAAACGAAGUGUCGGAUAAAUACAUGAGUAUAGCCGCAGGCUUGACCAACACCUGUCACGAGUCCUACGACAGGAGUGUGACUAAACUCGGUCCGGAAGCUUUUCAUUUUAUCGAAGGAAACGAGGCGAGAAGCUUGAAAACCGGCGAGAAAUAUUAUAUCCUUCGACCUGAGACAUUCGAGUCGUAUUUCGUGAUGUGGCGGCUUACAAAGGAUCCGAAAUAUCGCGAAUGGGGCUGGGAAGCCGUCCAAGCACUGGAAAAACAUUGUCGAGUCCCAGGAGGAUUCACGGGACUCCACAAUGUUUACUUAGCCAACUCACCGAAGGAUGACGUUCAACAGAGUUACUUCUUCGCCGAAACCCUAAAGUACCUCUAUCUUUUAUUCAGCGACGACGAUCUCAUUAAUCUAAACGAUUGGGUGUUCAACUCCGAGGCUCACGUGCUUCCAAUCAGAGGAAAUCCUCUCUAUCGCCCAGCUCCCUCCAUAUAAACUCGAAUCUCAACUUCAUUCGAAGAUGACGACGUAUCGCGAUCGAUGAUUCAUUCUGCAGUGAAACAUAAAAUGCAGAAGGAAAAAAAGAAAGAAAAGAAGAACAAGAAAAAGAGAGACUCAAUUCGACAAUGGAAGAAGAGCGCUAGCUCAUCUUUACGUUUUCGAGAUGAAAAUUAUCGUGUGAUGAUCGGUCGCUGAUUACUACAAGAGGAGUAGAGAAGUGCGAGUUAUAUAAACAUACAUACAUACACAAACACUCGAUAUUAUUGAAUAUAUAUAUAUAUAUAUAUAUAUAUAUAUAUAUAUAUAUAUAUAUA